UUUCGAGUGGACCCGCCAGCCUCCAAGGGUCCAAAAGCCGCCGUCACUCCCAAGCGUCCUAAAGCCCUCUCGGAGGAGGGACUACAGCCCAGGUGGCUUAGGACGCCAGCAAAGGCGGGCAGGGCUGACUGAGCUGGUGCCCCAGGGCUGGGGAGGGAGAGCCGGGGCGGAGUCACGCGAGGACGGGAGUCGGCACCAUGGAACCUCCCGGGGUAGUGCUGGUAAUGGGAGUGAGCGGCUCGGGAAAGUAGAUCAACAGUGGGAUCACUUCUGGCAGCUGAGCUGGGGUGGAAAUUCUAUGAUGCAGAUGACUACCAUCCUGAAGAAAAUCGAAAAAAGAUGGGAAAAGGAAUACCACUAAAUGAUCAGGAUAGGAUUCCAUGGCUUUGCAACUUACAUGAUAUUUUACUGAGAAAGGUGUCCUCAGGUCAAAGUGUGGUCCUUGCCUGUUCUGCUUUGAAGAAAAUGUACAGAAACAUCUUAAUGAGAGGAGAAGGUGCUGCAACUCAGAACUCAGAAGAGCCAGGAGAGAAAGAAGGGUUUCCAAAGCUGAAGCUCCUUGUGGUCUAUUUGAACGGGUCUUUUGAAGUGAUCUCUGGGCGUUUAGCCAAAAGAAAAGGACAUUUUAUGCCACCAGAGUUGCUACAGUCCCAGUUUGACACUCUGGAACCCCCAUCAGCACCAGAAAAUUUUCUGGCACUUAGUGUGGAAAGAAGUGUCUCAGAAAUGAUUCCUUUUAUUGUGGACAAUAUGAAAAUGAAAUGAGAACCCUUUCAGACAAAUCAUCAGAUCUGAAUUAGACAUAAAUAAUCAUUAUGUCAAAUCUCCAUUAAGACAUUCCUACUUAUAAAAUACCUUAAUUUUCUCCUCUGAAUGUCAGUUCUACAAUGUACUGGAAGUUGCUUAUUAUGCCUUGCAAAAAAUAUCAAAAUUGUUUCCCAGAAUACUUUCCCCUGACACCUGCUAAUCAAAUCCUCCCUUAUGACAAAGAAGUGGGUGAAACCCAGCCAACAAAGUGACUACAUCUAAUGACAUAUGUCACAUUGCAUACCCAUGGCUCUCCACCUCUCUACCAGAAAGGGGAAGGUAUUUUUCCUUCUUUCUUCUCAAAGAUCAAAAUGGGUUUUACUGAGUUUGGCAGCACUUGUUUAGUGUUUGUUUUUAAUUGGCAUUAUUGUAGUCAUUGUGUAUUUUGUUUUCUGGUUCUGUUCUCUUUACUCUAGAUCAGUUCACACAAAUCUUCCCAUGUUUCUCCAAAUUCCUCCUGUUCAUUGUUUCUUAUGGUACAAUAAUAUGCCUUUAAAUUCCUUUAACAGUUUAUUCGUCUAUUUUCCAACUGAUAGGUAGCAACUGCAUUUAAAGUUUUCUUCCUUCCAUGAAGAAUAUUGCAGUGAAUAUUUUGCUAUAUAUGGGAUCUUUCUUACUGUCCCUGCUGUCCUUGGAGUAUAAGCCUAAUAGACAGAUGGCUGGGUCAAAGGAUAUAAAGAGUUGAGUGAUUUUUCUUUAAUAAUCUUGGAACAAUUUACUGUCUUCGAAUAGUUUAUGGGAUUUCCAAUGACUUUAGAGCUAUCCUCUGCUGCACUGGUAAUGUUUAUGUGGGAUCUGAGGAUAGUUUUGGGAUUUUGAUUCCAUCCAUGAGGACAGUGAUUAAAGCUAAGAGCAAAGAACAUAAAUGGGGGGGAUGCCCACUUUUAGGGAACAGGAAGUAUAGAGGUAUCAAGGAGGGAACACAAGUAGUGAUCAAGUAAGAUGGAGAACCAAUAGAGAAGAUUGUCACAGGAGCCAGAGGAAGAAUGAAUGAAUGAAUGGAUAAAUAAAUGAAUGAAAAAGCA